CCUUUCCUUUCUUCCACUUCGUUUCAUUUUUACCCAACUCAUUUUCCUCUUUUCUUCUCCAUUUUCAUUCCACUAAAUUUUCCAUUUCCAAUUCCUUUUCCCUCAUGAGAGAGAAAAGAAUUCCGGCCAUGAUUCCUCUUGAGCCGUUAGACGCGGCCGGAAUCCAAAUCCCUUACCAUUUCCGAUGCCCCAUUUCUCUCGAAUUAAUGCAAGACCCUGUUACCGUCUGUACCGGUCAAACCUACGACCGCUCAAGCAUCGAAGCCUGGGUUGCCACCGGUAAUACCACGUGUCCGGUCACCCGUGUCCCACUUUCCGACUUCUCUUUAAUUCCAAAUCACACCCUUCGUCGUCUUAUCCAAGAAUGGUGCGUUUCGAAUCGCUCAUUUGGCGUCGAGCGAAUUCCGACUCCUAAACAACCGGCUGACCCGUCGCUAAUCCGGUCUUUGUUAAACCAAGCUUCUUCCGGGUCAAACCCGGUUCACAAUCGGGUUACCGCUUUGCGUCGGCUUAGAGGAUUCGCUCGUGACUCGGAGAAGAAUCGGUCGUUAAUUGCUGCUCUUAACGCGAAAGAUGUGCUAGUUUCUGUUUUGUUUAACUCGGAUGAAUCAUCGGAUUCGUCCGAGUUAAAGCACGAGUCGUUAGCUCUCCUCGCUAUUUUCCCUCCAUCGGAUAUUGUUUGCACUUCGAUUGCUUCCGACCCUGACCGAGUCGGGUACUUGGUAAGCUUGCUGUUUCACCCGUCGUCAAUCGACGUCCGAGUCAACUCGGCCGCGUUGAUCGAGUCGGUAAUUGCCGGAACUAAGUCAACAGAUCUCAGAUCAUUUAUUUGCACCUCUGAUGAAAUUUAUGUUGGGGUAAUCUCGAUUCUUACAAACCCAAUUCCUUCCCCACGCGCCCUAAAAAUUGGUGUCAAAACGCUCUUCGCGCUGUGUUUAAGUAAGCAGCACCGCCAUAAAGCAGUGUCUGCUGGCGCGGUGAACGCGCUCAUCACGCGCCUCACAGAGCUCGAUAAAUGCGACUGUGAGCGCGCGCUUGCCACCGUGGAACUCCUCUGUAGGAUCCCACAGGGGUGUGCCGCGUUUGGGGCACACGCGCUUACGGUCCCGCUAUUGGUGAAAACUAUACUUAAGAUAUCUGAUAGGGCGACGGAGUACGCUGCUGGCGCGUUGUUGGCACUCGCUUCCACGUCAGAGAGGUUGCAAAGGGAGGCGGUCAACGCUGGAGUUUUGACUCAGCUUUUGUUGUUGGUGCAAAGCGAUUGUACUGAACGCGCUAAAAGAAAGGCUCAAAUGUUGUUGAAAUUACUUCGUGAUUCUUGGCCAGAGGAUAGUAUGGGAAAUUACUCGGAUGAUUUUAAUUGCAGCGACGUCGUUCCGUUUUGAAAUUGAGAUUUUUUUUUUUGAGGGAGGAUUUUUAUUUAUUGGAUUAUUAUUUUUGAUUAGGUGUAUUUUUAAAUUAUUGGAUUGAUGGUGGAUAGAAAAAAAAAAUUGGGAGAGAAUUGGGUAGAUUUUAGAUGGAUGUAGGGGAUGGUACAGAUGUGGUUAUUAGUUUUUUUUUUUUGGUGUAUGUAAUUUUAUUUUUUCACGUCUUAGAAAAAAAAAUUGUAUCUAUAUUGUAUUUUUGCUUAUUAAAAGUGUCCCAGGUAACCUUAAUCAAAAGAAUUUGAAAGAAUUAUCUACAAA